GCCUUUCUAAACUGAGUACAUUCGAUUUUAACUUCAAAGUCUCUGUUAUCUCCAAGUCUUGUCUACGAUAAAUUUCAUAGUAUAUAGUUCAGAGUUCGUUCAUAUUUUUAAAUAUAAUAUAUCUGUUACUACGAUGCCCGAGGAAUUGAUGGUCCCCGCGGGGACGUACAAACUGACGAAGCAGUUCCGCCGAGAGCAAAUGCGCCGCCACAAGAAGGACCUGCCCUGGUCAAAGCGGGUGUUUGACCUGGACGAGAAAAGGCUGUUCGGUCGCACCCUCUGGGGCUGGACGCGUAUCACCCUGUUCUAUUUGACCCUCUACAUCCUCAUAGCUUUGAUAGUUAUUUUCUGGUUAGCCAUCUUUAAGUACGCAAUCAUCCCGAAGGACCAUCCGGUCUGGCUUAAGAAAGCGCCGGGCGUGUCGCUGGUGCCACAUAACGAAAGCACCUUGAAGUUUUUUCCCAAUGAGCCCACGACAAUCUACCCAAUUGCGGAUAAGAUCGAGGAGUUCCUGAAUGGUCUGAGGGACAACGCCAUGGAUUACUUCAGCGAUUUCAAUGCAGACGAGCUGUGGGGCUACAGAGAGGGAAAGCCGUGCAUCUUUGUCAAGCUGAACAAGGUGAUCGGUUUUGAGCCGAACACCAUCGACACCCCCGAGGAACUGCCCAAAGGGGCGCCUCCCGAGCUAAGGGACGUCAUACGCAAGCACGGCGGCGCUCCCAGAAUCUGGCUCAGCUGUAUGACGAAGGGUAAUGGGCCGCAACCCACAGUCCUGUACUAUCCGGGCCCUUUUUUCGACACCACCGGCACGAUGACGGGUGUGCAGCGCGUGGUCGCUGUGCAGCUGAGCAACUUUCCGGCCAACUCGGACGUCGACGUCCACCUUACGGUCUGGGCCCACAACAUUCAAAUAGAAGAAAAGUACAAUGGCAAGGGCCACGCCAGGCUAACUCUGCAUAGGGUCCUGCAAGCCCCCCUAAAAUCGCCUGAGGCGCGCCUAAAGACGCUCUCUGUUGCCCGUAACUCGGGAGGGAGACCCGCUCCGAAUGGUAGCCCCAGAUCGUACAAAAGAUUCAGGACUAAGCCGGUAACCACAGCUCCCAAGGAGCCGUUCAGUUAUAUAGGACGUGAGAGAAACGCUUCACCCCCAAGGACACUGGCUGAUGCCCGCAAUUCGGGUCCGGAAAAUAUAUUGAUUGCUGAGCCAAGAUCGUACAAAGGUGUCGGUGCCAAACCGGUUACCAUAGCUCCGAAGGAGCCAUUUAGUUAUAUAGGACGUUGGAGAAACGAUUCACUUGGGCUGUAUGUUAAUCAAAGUGUUUAAAUACAUAAUAAUUGACUA